UCUACAAGAAAGAAAAAAAAAAAGACAAAAUCCUCUGCUCUCUCGUCUCGACCCGUUCGCCGCUAAACCCUAGCUGGCUCCAACCCCUUCCGACCCUUAACCAGCCGGCGCGGCGGGAGAGAAGACUAGACGGUGUCUGGCGGAGAUGGCUUCGGCGGCGGCGGCGGUUUCGUCGGCGGUGGAGAAGCUGCAGGCGGCGGCGAAGGACGCGGCCAACUCCUCCUCUUCUUCCUCUUCGUGCUCCGCCUUCUCCGACCAAGUCAUCGUGUCCAGAGCGUCAGGUCGGGUUGUGUCUCUGUCGACUUGCACCAAGGUUGGUGCCAUCAGCUUCGUGGUUGGCAUUGCAGUUGGCUUCACACUGAAGAGAAGGCUGCGCCAAUGGGCUGCUAGGCUGCUCAAGAGAAUUAAGGACGAUAACUAGCUAUGUAACUGCAAUCUAAAGUUUUGUUCACCAAUGCCCACUCUUUAGCCCCAAGUUGAACAUUGUAGAUGCUUGGAUUAACUGUGAUGAUUAUGUGCUCUCAUCAUCUCAUGUGUAUCGCACAACUCUUGUAGGGGUCAUAUAUUGGCAAUUAUGCUAUGUGCAGCGUGAUCUAUGGUGCCGUUUUGCGUCC